CACGAAAGGUAAUAACCUCAAUUAUUUCAGAAGAAUCGAGACUGAACUGAGUUGGAAAAUUGUGAAAGGCGACAACUAUUCGUCUCAGCAUUCUAAGGCUGGAGAACCGAGACAUGUGUGACAUUGCUGGUGCUGCUCCUCAACCCCCCACGACAACAACUUUAAUUAAUUUAUAACGCAUGACAAAGUUAUGAAGCGAUUCACUUGUUUAUCUCGAAUAAUCGUCUCGAUAGUAAAUCAUUGUAACAAUUUGCCACCAAAAUCCAGCAAACCGUAAAGAUUAUGUCACCAAAGAAGCCCUCAACUCAACACCAGUAAUCCAAGCUUCACACACGGGCACGUUCCCAACAUGACACAUGACAUGACAGAGCACCCAAUGGCUAAUACGUGAGCUACAUAGUACGAGAAGCAUCACUGCUCGCUCUAUUGUCGUCGAGGUGGCAAUGCUAUUUCAGGGUCACGGUCAAGACCCUGCCGAGCCAAAAGGAAUUGAAGUGAAUUAAAACAAAGUUGAAACGUUCGCUCGGCCAGUCGGUCCUAUGAUUUUUUUCUCAUAAUUGCAUAGCCUGUCGCGCUACACCCAAAUGUCGUUUCCAACGAAUUGAGCAUUCUUUGAAUUGUUAAAGAACGACUCAAGUGGCUGGCGGUUUGGUUGGCUCAUUUGCCUGCCUCAUCAAAAACGCGCGUGUAGAACUUCAAAUUAAUGCUAAUCCUCAUCAACCCACCCACACCGCAUACAACCUUACAUUCUCACGCUCCGCAUGCGAUCACAUACACACACGCGCCUAUUCUGACACAUGUGUGUGUAGAGAGAGAGAGAGAGCUCAGUUAACCUCUCGGGCAUGCAACUUCCACCGGCAGGCAGGUAGCUCGCGUUCACAUUCUCGCCGGUGCGUAAAUAUCGCCACUAAGCCCCCGCUGCUGCUUCGGGAGUUAUUCUUUGUUGGCUUUUUAUGGCGCUAUCGAAUAAAUAUGGAUUGUUGUCAUUGCGGUAGCAUCAUUACAGUUUGGUUUUCAACACAAAACGGUUGUGGGCACUUCAAUUCAAUUUGGAUAAGAGGACAGACAUCAACACAAAGCCAAGGAUUCGGAGAGGCAACAUUGAAAUUUGCAAAUAUUUGUGAUACGUUUGUUGUGUGUGGUGUACCGCCAAUCGGUGUUUGGUGAAAAAUGAAAGUUGUAAAAAAGAUAUCCUCGAUAAUUGUCGCAUUGUGCAUCUUACAAUGGCCAUCGAUGCAUGUGAGUUCGGCAUCUACGGCUGCUUCCAACCAGCUCACCUAUGCCAAAAGCUCCGUUGGAGAUCAGUUGGAGGAUGCUUCUUCUUCGGGAUUGAUGGGGGCAAUUUAUCGUAAGUCACGACAAUCUCGUUGUGUCACAUGUUACGACGACAGAUAUGAUGACCGCAGUCGUUAUUACGGCAGCAAUUCGCGGUCGGGAUCUUCGGCAGACGAACGUGGCUGGUAUUAUCCUCGUAACGAUCGCUAUGACGAUCGAUAUCGGGGCGCUGAAGCAGACUAUGAUCGCUAUGGCUAUGAGUCGCGAGGCUAUCGUGGCCGUUAUGGCGGCGAAAGCCGAGGAUAUGGUUACGAUAAUCGUGACAGCGAAUAUGAUCGUCGCUAUGGCGGUGGCGGCGACUAUGAUCGCCGGUACAGCGAAAAACGAGGCUAUGAGCGCAGCGAAAUGAGAGGCUAUGGUUAUGGACAUGGCGGUGGGUACGAAAGUCGCGAUCGUUAUUAUGGCUCGGAACGUGGGGGCGACUACUCUCGAGACCGUGGAUAUGAGCGUCCACGAUAUGGAUCAACAGGCGGAGGUGGAGGCUAUGGCUACGAUCGCGACCGCGACUACUACGAUCGCUACUCUCCAAGGUAUGGUUUUCGAAGUUAUCGUCCUGGGGAUGACACGUACAGAACCCAAACUGGAUACGACAAGCCCACUUCCGAAGGCUACUACUAUGGCAAGGGAGCCAAAGACGAUCGACGUUAUCUGCCCGACUCCUCAGGUCACAGAUCUUCCUCGCCGUGUGGUGUGCAAAGACCAAAUUGCCCUUAUGGGCCCCCGGAUGGAGGCUCUCGUGUAUCAUCUGGCCCCAUAGAUAGCAGCAAUCAUCACAUGGGUGUCUCCCAUUCCAUAUACAACCCAGGUGCCAAACACAAUGACAGCUCGAAGGGGACCGGUUCUGGCUGGUCCUACAUGAGAGAGGACGACACGGAUCGUCAACCUCCCCGUGUUGGCAAUGGCAGCAGCGGUAAUGGUGGUGGUGGUGGUGUUAGUAGUAGUAGUGCUAGUAAUAGAGACAGGAACAGAGACCAGCAGAGCCCUGCCUACGGUGCCCUACUAGAUCGCGGUACGAAUCUGAUUGCCGUGGAACCCGCAAAAUCGAACGAAGGUGGCCAAGAGAAUCAUGAAAAGUCGCAAUCUUCUUCUUCUUCAUCCUCAUCUUCUGCUGCGACCGAUGACAAUGGACAGCAAAAUGCCAAUGGACAAAACUCUUAAGAAUGUAACCCAUGGAUGUAUGUGGUCAAUGGAAUUCACAACUGGAGUACUUUUUUUCAACAACCCAUCAAAGACGGCAAAACAAUUAAAAAAAAAAAAAAUAAUAAAACAGUGUGUUCAAUUUUAUAAAUAAAAUCAUAGUGUGAGUUUCCAUACACAGAGAA